GGGUCAUGUUUGAAUGCUACAGCUGUUCACCAAAGUCUGACCAACAUUCUUUAUGUGGUUUGCUGUCUGAAUGGGAGAGGCAGAGAAGAUCUCGGGGAGGCUGACACUUUUCCGAAAAGAGACCGGACGCAAUCAAAAGACCCUCUUAUGAAGAAGGACCACAGCAGACAGAGACGAGGGGACAGGCUGCUUAAAUAAGUGACCUCCUGAAUUCAGCAACUGUUUUCGGUAGUGGAGAAAAGCCCAUUCUGGAUUCAGGGAAAGUGAAUGGAAAGCUGGGCUCCACGUCCGCUGCAGCCUGUGUGUGUUGAUCUGUGAGUACACACGCCGGGAUCUAUGUUGGCUGACGGCUUGUGCUGCAGAGCCUGAGCCAUGAAAGGUGCUCUGCUGCUGGUUUCCAGUGUGGGUAUCCUGCUCCCAGGUGUGGGCAGCUGCCCCAAGAAAUGUUUGUGCCAUCCAUCUUCAAACUCUGUGGACUGCAGUGGCCAGGGGCUGUCUAAGAUCCCCCCUGAUCUACCCCCAUGGACAGUAACCCUGCUUUUACACGAUAACCAGAUCCACUGGCUUCCUGCUCUUGUGUUUCGGUCUGUACCACAGCUCACCACCUUAAAUUUAUCUAACAACUCUCUUUCAUAUCUGGCUGCAGAGGCUUUCUAUGGACUUCCACACUUGCAGGUUUUAAAUGUAACCCAAAAUUCCCUGCUUUCCAUAGCAAGCAGCUUUGCCCAUGCCCUGCCUGGGCUCAGGGAGCUGGAUCUAUCAUCCAAUAGCCUCAGCAUCCUCCCCACAUCUCUGGGCAGGCCUUGGGAGAACCUGACUGUGUUUGCUAUACAGCAGAACCAUCUUCUACAUCUGGAUCGUAAACUUCUAGAGGCCAUGCCCAAGGUGAGGCUGGUACUUCUUAAGGACAACCCCUGGAAAUGUGACUGCCACUUGCUGGGUCUGAAACUCUGGCUGGAGAGAUUCACUUUUGAAGGGGGAGAAACAGAUGGUACCAUCUGCAGGCUGCCUGAACGUUGGAAGGGAAAGGAUCUCCUCUCCAUUCCUCAUGAACUAUAUCAACCUUGUCCUCCAACUUCUCAGGAUUUGGCACCCUCACUAGUCCAGCAACCUGGUUCUGCCCCACAAGAUGCCCAGAAGUCUCCUGAGAAUAGCUCAGGACAGCAAGAUCCUUUGGAGUGUGAGAACAAACCCAAACCAAAGCCAACCAACCUGCGCCACGCUGUGGCCACUGUGGUCAUCACUGGGGUGGUGUGUGGGAUUGUAUGUCUCAUGAUGUUGGCAGCUGCUAUCUAUGGAUGUACCUAUGCAGCUAUCACAGCCCAGUACCAAGGGAGACUCUUGGCACCAACCAGGAAGUCUGAGAAGAUGGGAAGGAAGGAACCAAUGGACAUUUCACCAGCCUGAGAGUCUUCAUGUCCAAGUCCCCGUUGACCAUUGAGGGCCAGAAGAAAUGUCUGAGUGUGCCUGAUGUGUUUUCUACUCCUGUCCCACGUUUUAUCUUCCAAAACAACUAAGAAAAAAAAAUGUGUUCAAAAAUAAAACAAAGUACUCAAUGGGAAGAAAUAUAUGCUGUAGCUUUUAGACACCAUAGAUAAAAUAGACACUCAUAUCUUACAACUGAGAGGAUGUGACAAGAAGUCUAUGUGUAGGAACAAAAAGAAGAGCAAAGCCAUCUCUUUAGGUACCGGUCUCUGGAUUAAGCUGCUUCUGCAGAGCAACAAGAAUUCUGACAUGUGUGCCAAUAGGCAUUUUUAGGAGAUCCAGGGGCCACCAGUUGGAGUGCCUGGGAACAGGCUGGUACUCUUACCCGACCAGUACUGGAUGCCUCUAUAAUUCAAGUUCAUACUAGAUUGGUGGGAUGUUUAGAUGUUGUGUAUGUUACAUAUUUAGUGGAAAUGUCUGUUGGUUGGGAAUUUCAUAGCUGGCCACAAGAGUCAGAUUAUAUUUAAUUUUCUAAAUCAGAAAACCAUUUGGGGAUCUCUAAGCUGUAGGGGAAGACAAAGGUUUCAUGUCUGGAUAAUGGGACUCAGGCCUGGAGCCUGGGCAAGGUUUUGAUGUGAAGGAACACGGAGAGAAUGGUAAACUAGAAUACAGGGCAUCAAGAGGCCAUAUCCACCAAUCAACUGGAACCUUACCCUAGGACUCUUGCAGCAGGGAUGGAUUUAGGUUAGGCUGAAUGGUGGUUGUGUCUCUGCAUCUGCAUAUGCAGUGCACAGAGGGCAUGGAUUUGUACAGCUACACCCACACAUAAACACCCUCAGAGCAAUCAGCUUACCCACUAAUGAAAUGCAGCCAUGUCGGGUGGGAGCCAGUAGCUGUUGAUCACCACCCAGAUUGUAUGCUCAACACUCUGGGAUAGGAAAUAAGAAGGAAGUUUGAGGGGGAGUGGGAGUUACUGGGGGGACUUGAGGCACUUGGGGGCAGACAUCCUGGCUGGUGCCGUAGCAUGGCUUUAAAAAAAGUUCAGGUAUGGCUCUCAAAGUCCACAGACUUGGUCUAAGAGAGGUUGCAUGCAAAGUGAAUUUUUAUAAAUUGAAUCAUCAUUUUAAUGCAGCAGGGGAGCUCGCUAUUUAAAGGAACCUUUCAUGGAAUCUUUUCUGUAAUGGAAAUAAUUGGCUCCAGAUUGAUGCAUUUUUUUUUCCAAAUUUGCAUUUCUAUGCUAGGGUUUCUUAAAGUGGAAUAUACCUAUGCCCACUCUUUCUGUUUAUACUACAGUGACUUUUUAGGAUUGUAACUAUUUUGCACAGGAAGAGAGCACAGAGGAGUUAAAGACAUGCUAAAAGCAGAAAAUGACAAAUACGGGGCAAGCUGUUCCUCUAGAGUCCAUGACAGACAUUGCUAAUCAAUCCCAGCUCUUUUCCCAGCUGAGCCUCAAAUAUACCACAGAUGGUUUCUUAAGACAGCACUAUAGGCAACCAGAACUAAUCAAUUGGAGUUGGUUCAAAGGAUAAAGCACAUUUGCCAUUCAGGGUACUGGCUCGACUUCACCCCUCAAGGCCAUGUAAAAAUUGGUUUGGAUCCCCAGUCAGUUGUCUACUCCUCAACUGGAAUACAAAUGGGACAUGCACAUGUUGGGAUGGACAGAUGUCUAGUGUGCUAUAAGCAGUGUAAAGCUUGUAUAUACCAGUGAGCUAAGGGCAGACUAUCAAUUUAGCUAGAUAAUUUUUUUUUUAGGAGAAGAAGUUUAAAUGUGAAUGGUCACAGUGAAACCCAUUAUUGUGCACAAUUAGUAUGCAUAAAUAAUUACAACAUGGAAAAGAACAGAACACCAAGAGUUCCCAGAGAAGGCCCAUGGCUGCAUGGGCUGUCACUUGCCCUGACACCUCCUAUCUUUUGUGCUGAGGUGGCUCAAUUCAGCUGUGUGACUGAAUUUCUAUUCUAAGGACGUAGUGACUAUUUUCAAACUGAAAAAAGCAUUUCUUUUCAUUGUCCUAACUGCAA